UGCCCUGCCCUGCGGCGGGCUCGCUGUCAGCCUUGCGGCGGGGCUCUCCGCGCGGGCUCCUUUAAAUUGAGGGCGUUUCGUGUGUCUCGCCGGCUGCUCUCGGGUUUAAAGAGAAAGGGGCCAGAGCGAAGCGGGAAGGUGAUCUUUGCCCGGCGGUUCUGCGGUGGGGAGUAGGUGCUUUUGUUUCCUUGUUCCCCGUCCCGGGGAGGCCGCGGGGGGACGAGCGGAUAAGCCAUGUGCACUGCCCUGAGCCCGAAGGCGCGAGGGCCUGGCCUCUCCGACAUGCACCAGUACAGCCAGUGGCUCGCCAGCAGACACGAGGCCAACCUGCUGCCCAUGAAGGAGGAUUUGGCCCUCUGGCUCACUAACCUGCUGGGUAGAGAAAUAACAGCAGAAACCUUUAUGGAGAAAUUGGAUAAUGGUGCCUUGCUUUGCCGGCUAGCUGAGACCCUGCAGGAGAAAUUUAAAGAAAACAGCUUUGAUGCAAACAAGCCUGCCAAAACCUUACCAGUUCGGAAAAUUCCAUGCAAAGCCAAUGCUCCUUCAGGGUCUUUCUUUGCACGGGACAACACAGCAAAUUUCUUAUCCUGGUGCAGAGAUGUAGGCGUGGAUGAUACCUGCCUGUUUGAGUCAGAAGGUUUGGUUCUCCACAAGCAGCCAAGAGAAGUGUGCCUUUGUUUGCUGGAACUUGGAAGAAUUGCAGCAAGGUGUGGGGUGGAACCUCCUGGAUUAAUAAAAUUGGAAAAAGAGAUUGAACAAGAGGAAACACUUUCAGCUCCCCUUCCAUCUCCUUCACCAUCACCCACAAAGUCUCCUGGGAAAAAGAGCACAGGGAAACUGUUGGAUGAUGCUGUGAAACACAUUUCUGAAGAUCCACCUUGUAAAUGCCCUACUAAGUUCUGUGUGGAGCGUCUUUCACAGGGAAGAUACAGAGUUGGAGAGAAGAUCCUUUUUAUUAGGAUGCUGCACAACAAACACGUGAUGGUUCGCGUGGGAGGCGGCUGGGAGACGUUCGCGGGUUACCUGCUGAAGCACGACCCGUGCAGAAUGCUCCAGAUCUCCAGGGUGGACGGGAAAACAUCUCCGGUCCAGAGCAAGUCUCCAAACAUCAGGGACAUGAAUCCAGACAAUUAUCUGGUUGUUUCUGCCCAUUACAAAACCAAGAAGGAAAUUAAGUGAAAUAAGCUUCUCAUGUGAGCGGGACUUCAUGUAUGUAAGUCCAAAUUAUUCUCCUAAGUGUAGUGAAUUUAGUUAAUGCUUUAAAAGGACUUUGGAAAAUUUAACACAGACUGGAAAUGACACCCCAUUUUGAAGAUCUUUGAAUUUAGAACUAUUUAUUUCUAGUACUGUAUCUUUUAUAGCAAAUUACCCUUGAUAGGCAAAUUACUACAAUCGGAUAAUAAAUAGACAUAUCUUUUUAGCCAAAUUAUUACUCUUUAUUAUGUGAAUGUAUACUUAGAGCUACAUAAAGGAGUGGAUCCUGUUAAUAGAAGAAAAUACACAAUAAACUAUAUUUGUACCAAAUCUUAUUACUUUGAAUCCCUGACUGUUAGUCUAGUUGAAAUAUAUAUAUGCAGGUGGAAAUUGGGUACUCGGAGAAAUUAUUUGGUAAUGUCUCUUGAAAUGAAAUAAAAAUUGACUAUUUGUAUGUUUUGCAAUCUUUUCUUAAUUAGCAGAAUAUAAUGGCUUAUUGCAUGCCAAACAACUUCUCGAAGCCAUUACUUUAAAGAAAAAGCCCAAGAAACCAUUUCACACCAUUUAAAGCUGGAGACAGUGCUGAGUGUUUGAUCUGUGUGUGGAUCCUGUCUGGUUUUGACACAGCUGCCCAAUGUGGAAGCUCUGUCAUUGUUGGGUCAUGGCAGGGAUGUUCUGCAGCCCACGAGGGGAGCAGUGACAGCCUCAGACCAAGGAGUCCCUCUGGAGUCACAAAACAUGGCUCUGUUCUUGGAUAUGAACUUUCCCCCCCUUCUUUUUAAUGUUGUUGGUUAUUGUUAAAUGUGAAAUAUUCAUUACCCUGUAAAUAGAGCGAUUCGCAUCCUCAAAAAUCAUUCACACACCUCUAAUAGAGCUAAAGGUGUAUGUGGGCUUAGUUCAUUAUUUUGGCUACUUUUCUAUGUUUAUAUUUGGUAAUUUAUGUGCCUUGUAACAUCCUAGAAAAAUCAUUUUAUAGGAUUGUUUCACUGACUGUAUAAAUUUAAAAAUGAAAUAAAAUUUUUAAAAUACUCCUA